GUUUGCUAAUAUUGAGAAUUUCCUCUCCAGUCUCCACCGUCAUCCCUCCGCUUCCUCCGUACUCCCUUGUCUUUUCUUCUGUAUUCCGGCAGAGUCUAUUUCCCUUUACCAAGAAAUUCCAAAACGAGCCCUGAGAUUUUCCUCUCAAGCUCUGCUUCUUGACCUUUUUCAACCAUCAAUGUCAGCUUGGUUGUGACAAAAUUGCUGAGCUUUUUCGUAUUCUUGUGCUUGUUUACUAUAUGCUUCAUCCCUAUUUUCGAAAAUGAAAGCUCCUCCAAACGGUUAUCAACCAAAUUCAGGAGAAGGCGCAAGAAAAGUAAUGAAUUCGGAGUUAUGGCACGCUUGUGCUGGGCCAAUGGUCUCAUUGCCACCUGUCGGAAGUCUAGUGGUGUACUUCCCACAAGGUCACAGCGAACAAGUUGCAGCAUCGAUGCAGAAAGAUACAGAAAACAUACCAAACUAUCCAAAUCUUCCUUCUAAGCUCAUCUGCAUGCUUCAUAAUGUCACAUUACAUGCUGAUGCAGAAACUGAUGAAGUAUAUGCGCAGAUGACACUUCAACCUGUGAAUAAAUAUGAUCAGGAAGCUUUACUUAUUUCUGAUAUGGGUCUGAAGCAAAACAAACAGCCUACUGAGUUCUUCUGCAAAACUCUUACACCUAGUGACACAAGCACCCAUGGUGGAUUCUCUGAUUUCUCAAUGCAACCUCCAGCUCAGGAGUUGGUAGCUAGAGAUCUACAUGAUCAAUCUUGGACAUUCAGACAUAUUUAUCGAGGUCAACCAAAGAGGCAUCUACUAACAACAGGGUGGAGCACAUUUGUAAGCUCUAAAAGGCUCUUAGCUGGCGAUGCUGUCCUCUUCAUAAGAGAUGAGAAAUCACAGCUUCUGUUAGGAAUAAGACAUGCUAACAGACAACAACCUGCUUUAUCCUCAUCAGUUAUAUCAAGUGACAGUAUGCACAUUGGAAUCCUUGCUGCUGCUGCUCAUGCUGCUGCUAAUAACAGCCCUUUCACUAUCUACUACAAUCCUAGGGCAAGUCCUGCUGAGUUUGUGAUACCAUUAGCAAAGUACAAUAAAGCAAUGUAUACUCAAGUUUCAUUGGGAAUGAGAUUCAGAAUGAUGUUUGAGACUGAAGAGUCUGGAGUGAGAAGAUACAUGGGAACAAUAACUGGUGUUAGUGAUAUGGAUUCUGUUAGGUGGAAGACUUCACAAUGGCGUAGUCUUCAGGUGGGAUGGGAUGAGUCAGCAGCUGGUGAGCGUCCAAGUAGGGUUUCAGUAUGGGAGAUUGAGCCUGUUGUGACUCCAUUUUACAUGUGUCCACCUCCAUUUUUCAGACAGAAGUUUUCUCAACAACAAGAUGGUGAUAUGGAGUUAGAGAAUGGUUAUAAAAGAGGGAUGCCAAUGCCAUGGAUUGAAGAUGUUGGUAUGAAUAUGAAGGAUGCCUCAGGCUCAAUCUUCCCAGAUAAUUCCAAGUUAUUAAGCUUUCAAUCCCCCAAAACAAACCAACAUUUAUCACCUCCAUGGCCUCAACAACAACAACAGAAUUCUAUAUACAAUCACCUACAACAACAACAAAUUUCAGGAAACACACAACCACAUCAAGCCAAUAAGACUUCAUUUCAACCUUUAUCAUCAUCCAUGCCACAUGAGUCACAGUUUCAACAUCAAAUGGAACAGCAACAACUACAACAAAUUAGUAGUAACUGUUUACAAAGUCUAUAUAAACCACCGAUGCCAAUAAGGGUUAACCCUGGAAUCACUGAUUCCAAUCCUCCCUCGUGUUCCACAUCACCUUCAACAAAUACCUGCCAAGUAACUCCAUCAAACUAUCAAAUCAAGAACAUUCAUGAUCUUCAAACUCAAAGUAAAUCCGAUGCAAGAAUCAAACAAGAAUUGCCACAACCUAAAUACAAAUCCAUUGCUACUGAAACACAAGAACCUACAACAUCUAUAACAUCAUACUGUUUGGAUGCUGGUGAUCUUCCUCAAAACUUCUCAAUCCCAAACUUGUGUCUUGAAGGUGAUGUUAUUCACUCACAUGAUAGAAGUGAAAGUGAUCUUUCUUUUGGGGCUAAUAUCAAUAUCUUGCCACCUGAUGCUUUGUUAUCAAGAGGUUUUGAUCAUUCUCAAAACUUAAUGAUAAGUCCAGAGUCAUUUGGGAUGCCUGAUAUGUCUUUCAAACAAGAUUGUUCAAAUGACAUUAAGGAUUCCGGUGUUUUAGGGAAUGGGGUGUGGGGUAAUAAUCAGAGUCAACAACGCAUGAGAACAUACACAAAGGUCCAAAAACGAGGGUCUGUAGGAAGAACAAUCGAUGUGACAUGUUACAAGGGGUAUGAAGAGCUGAGACAUGAUCUUGCUUGUAUGUUUGGGAUACAAGGUCAACUAGAAAAUUCUCAAAGGGUUGACUGGAAGCUUGUUUAUGUUGAUCAUGAGAAUGACAUAUUGCUUGUUGGUGAUGACCCAUGGGAGGAAUUUGUGAGCUGUGUGCAAAGCAUAAAGAUACUAUCGUAUUCUGAAGUACAGCAGAUGAGUUUAGAUGGUGAUUUGGGAAAUCUACGGAUGCCCAAUCAAGCUUCCAGUGGGACCGAUAGUGGGAAUCCAUGGAGGGGACAAUUUGACGACAAUUCUGCUGCAUCUUUUAACAGGUAAACAUGUAGAAAGAACAGGAAAGGUGUAAUCUUGUAAUAUAAAGUCGGCAAAGAUGAAGAUGGAGAUAUCUGGGAUUUGUAAAUCGUGCAGUAAUCAUGGAGAUAUGAGAAGAUAAGAAGGCUCUUAUGGGUGUGCGUAUAUAAGAAGGAUCUUAUGGGUGUGCGUAUAAAUCGGAGAUGAUUGUGGUUGUUAGUUAAGAAGGAUGAGGAGUAUUCAAAGGAGGUGUAGAACUCGCGUAGUAGCAGUGUGUUGAAGAUUGUUUAAAUAUAAUUUUAUUUAAUGAAAGAUGUUAU